AUGAGUUCUCGUUUAAUAUACAAUGUUCUACAAGACCGCUAUGCGAUAUCACCAUAUGGUGAGCUCGCAUCAAAACGAGCUAAUGAAUGUUGUAUAAUAAAUAUCGUUUUCAAAGAUAAUUCUACCUUAAUCGAACAUCGUGCCGAUAGUCAUUUAUGUAGAAAAGGCAAUAAUAAUGAUGCAAUGAAGUUGUAUGAAAGUAUUGUUGAUCAUAUUAUUUCAUCUAAAGGAGAACAAUCAGUCAUUAGUCAUUUUUAUAUGUUGGGAGGAUGUAAUAGUGAACUCAAACAAAAGUUUCAAAAACCGUUGAUUCGAGUAGCAGAAACAUUAAUCAAAGACAAUUCCAUUUCAGGAUUACGAGGAGGUGCUGUAAUGUUGGAUGUUAUUAAAUCGAUACACAGAAUUAAUGUAAUAUGGAAUAUUACAGAAGAUAAUUCAUUUAUUGAUGCUGGUAUUAUUUAUCGACCUGAUGUUGGUUUUUGUCUUGUAAUUAAACAAGGAUUUAAUAUUAUGAUAGGUAAACGUGAUGAUGAAAAAAUUCCAAUUCAUUGUGGUACACUAGUAUAUGUACUUGAAUCAAAUGAAAAAACUUUUCAAGAUAGUAUUUUCUAUAUUAAACAACAAAUUAGUGAACAUUGUCAAGAUGAACAAUAUAUUACUAUAUGGAACAAGUGCAUUGCGAGAUUUAAAGAAAUGGCUAUGGAAUUUGGUGCAGAAGAGAUAGCUGAUGACAAUGAUUCAUUUAUAUCAUCAGUCGAACGUGACAUUUCCGAAAGAUUAACUGAUCAAGUUCCAAAUGAAGUAGUUCAGUAUCAAAUGUAA